UUUGCGCACUAAAUGCACCCAAUGUCUGGCGGCACAGAGAGACAAGAGCGAGCGUGAUGAUUGUACGUGAGAGCGGCAAACACUGACCCGAAUCUCCGGGAGCUUGAGGAACGAACGGACACGUUCACGUCGAUAGACAGAUAGACUGUCUAGCCGACAGACAGCAACAGUUGUCAUGGCUUCGAUCAACUGAGCCAGUCCUCCAGACAAAUACUAACAGGAAGGCAGUGCUGUUGCGGAGUAGCGCGCCUCAUUGAAUCUGUUGUUGCGCUUCCUGCUUGUCAUCAACGUUAUUGUGAUUUGGGGCAGAUUGUCCUGUCAGCCUUUUAGUGGAGAAAACGUGUUACGUUUUACUCGUCAUCUCGUGGAAUUAAUUAUCUGUAUUUGUCUUUCAUCAUCACCAUCAAUCUUAUUUUGUCUGGUAUUUUUCUCUCGCUUAAGGAGAAUCAAGACAUUGAGUUGCUCAUGUUUCGGCGAGGAGGAGGCUGGGCUGUUGCGUCUGCUGGGCACAGCAGCUGUGGUCAGACUUGACAACCCCGGGAUUACAGCUGUCGUGUUGACGCGGGGAAGGGGCCAGAAGACCGCUGCAACCAGGCGUGUCGGGGGUGAUUCCAGUGACGCUCGGAGCUCUCUGCGGAGCCCCCUUUCAGCCACCCCACCCACAUUUAGGGUGCUUUGGAUGGGGGGCAAGCAGAGUACGGCAGGGCGGCCGCGGGGUGGUUUUCCCGGUGUCUCAACGGAUGACAGUGCAGUGCCGCCCUCGGCCCAUUUCGGGCACUACCGACCGAGCGGAACUAUGGGUUUCCGCAGCCGCUCAGUGAGCUCCGUGGCUGGGAUUGGAAUAGAACACAGUCCCGCGGUUCCCUUUGGAUUUUACACUCCCAGAGGAACGGCCUCGGACAGAGCCGGAGGGGGGUCUGGCACGAAUGCUGCUCACGGUAACGGUUAUCAGGAAACGGUCGGCGGACAUCACACGGACGGUAUGCUCUAUUUAGGAUCUCGGGGGUCGUUGGCAGAUACCUUGCCCCUGCAUAUUGCCCCGCGGUGGUUUAGCGGCCACAGUGGGUUCCAGUGCCCUGUAUGCUCCAAGUCUGUGGCAUCCAAUGAAAUGGAGGUCCACUUCAUCAUGUGUCUCAGCAAGCCCCGCCUCUCCUACAACGAUGAUGUGCUGUCCAGAGAUGCAGGUGAGUGUGUGAUCUGCCUAGAGGAUCUGCAGCAGGGAGACACCAUAGCCAGACUGCCGUGCCUCUGCAUUUACCACAAAAGCUGUAUAGAUUCCUGGUUUGAGAUAAACCGUUCCUGCCCUGAACACCCCUCUGACUGAACAGUGUGCUUACUAUAACAACUGCUUGAGGUCGUGGUCCUGGUGGGGCUAUCUGGACACCACUAAAAAAUAAUAAAUCUGUCUAUAAUUCCAUCAAAAAGACAUGUUUAUCAUAUUGAUCAAUCUAUAUCGACGGCUCUCAUAAAACAGAACCAAGAGUUACUAUGAAGCUAUAUUGUCACUUACAGCCACCUGCAUUACAGACCCUCCCCCCAUCACUCCUCCCUCCCAGCACUACUGAUAACUACCCCACCACCACCAGCAAGGCCAGCCUCUGCCCAGGGCUGGGGGCCUCUAUCUUCCCAAAUGGAGGCCAGUUGCACACAUACUAUGGGACCACUGGAACUGUGGGCCACUGGACUCCAUCUUGGAUCUGGCACAGUGCCCAACUGUUCUGUGGGCCCUAGACCGGAGAGAAGUAUGAAGAGAAAAAAGAAGAUCUGGAUUGAGAGGUGUGCCUGUGUCUGGUCUUCACUGGAACUCAGAGGACCUGGCCUCCCCAACAUGGGUCCCCCCAGAAAGCAUCCCCAGACAGCCUGUGUCUGGUUGCCCAGGGCUGUGCUACUGUUGGUGUCAGUGUUCAGUCUGUAUCCAGGCGUCGGAGUGGUUGGUGGCAGAGUUGUAGCUUGUGCUUCUGUAUGUGUGCUUGUGUGUUGGGGCCGUUACAAUGUCAGUCAGAUUAAAUUUACGUGUGUGU